AUGGAUUCAGUUUCAGUGGUUGAUGUGGAUGAUUGCCAUGAAAUCAUUGACUUAGACUCUGAUGAUGCUGAAGAUGGGCAAGGGCAGUACAAUUUCAAUUACUUUGGGGCUGAACCAGGGGUAGUUGAAGUCAAUAUUAUUGACUUAAACUUGCCUCCAGAAGCAGACUUCAAUAAUCAGCAAGAACAUAAUGAAUCAAAUCCACAACUAGCAGUCUUCAAUAACACAGCAGCAGAAGAAACAAACCAGCAACACCAAAAUGAGUCAAUUCCACAACCACAAAGUCAUCAUAAUCGAAGGCUCCGCAACUAUGAGAGGCUUCAAAUUUUGUGUUGGUUGCUGGAUAACCAAGUAAAUGGACAGCUGAAACAUGGCACCAUAACUGAAGCAUCAAAACAAUUCAAUAUCACAAGACAAACAAUUUCAGCAUUAUGGAACAAAGCAAAAAAGCAAAAGCAAGCAAGUCAGCCGUUCAAUGUGGAUAACAAAUACAUCAACUGUGGGAAGAAGAGAGUUGAAUGUCCUAUAGACAGAAUUAUUCAACUUUCAAUGGGUCAAAGAACGUGCAUAAGGGAUCUAAGUUCGAUGCUUGGCCUUGGUUCAACAACGGUGUGGAGAAUGAUUCAACGAGGUCUUAUCAAAGCUCAUACGAACCCAUUACGUCCGGGUUUGACAGAGAAAAACAAAAUCGAAAGAAUGAAGUGGGUAUUGAGCUUAUUAAUAGGGGACUCGGCUCACACAAAAAGCAAAUUCUAUCCCAUGUAUAACUUCGUGGUGUUAGAUGAGAAAUGGUUCAACCAAACAAGAAAAUCACAGAAAUAUUAUUUGGGUGCAAAUGAGGUUCCACAAUACAGAUCAGCAAGUUCAAGCACUAACAUUAAGAAGGUUAUGUUUACUGGCGUUGUAGCAAGACCUAGAUAUGAUGAAGAAGGGACAUGCGUGUUUGAUGGAAAAAUUGGGAUUUUUCCAUUCACAUAUCAAGAACCAGCUAAGCGAGCGUCAAAGAAUAGAGAAAGGGGUACUAUGGUCACAAAAAUAAUCUCAAGUAUCAAUAGAGAAGUGACUCGAAACAUGCUUAUUCAUCAAAUAAUUCCAGCUAUAAAAGCAAAAUGGCCAGCAGAGGAGGGACUACAACCAUUUACAUUCAACAAGACAAUGCAAAGGCUCACAUAA